AAGACAAAAUUUAUAAGACCAAUACAUUCACAAAAAAAACAUUCCAUUUCCUUAGUAAUCAGAGAGCUGCAAGUUACAAGUGUGAUCCUAUCCUUUCAGGAAGUGACUAAUACUAACUCAUCAGCCAGGCCCCUACUCAGAUGUCCCUUCCUCCAGGAAGCCCUUCCGGACUCCGGGGCUGAGUCAGGGGCUCCCCCGACCCCCAUCCCACGACUCUCCCGGGAUCUUCUAUCCCAGACCUGCCCAUUCUGGGUCAUCACUGGGAACGUGUCUGUGUCCCUUACUGAACCGUAAGCUCCGGGAGGACAACACGGGGCUGUCGUUGGUCACUGCUGUGUCACCAGCACAGACUCGCACAGGACCGGGAAGAGAGGAAGCGCGUGGGGGGAAUAGGUGUGGAAUAAAUGAAUGAAUGGGGAAACUGAGGCCAAGUCAAUGUCUCAGUGGGAUUCAGACUUAAGUCUCUCCUUACUGAGAGGAGGAACAAAGUUGGAUCUCCUGCGAUCUCUUCUCCACUGAGCCCUGCCAGGAUUCCGGGCACACGGAAGCGCUCAGUAAGGGCUUUGGAACUGAACAGUUUGGGAGCCAGAUCCUCUGAGGCCACAUCUCUCUCCGGCCACGACCUCCACGGUCCUCCAGGACCAUAGAGAGUUGUACAGAGAUCGCCCUGCUCUAUGCUCUACUCUCCUGGGGAGCGGGGCCAGAGAGGCCGGAAGUGCGGCGAGCCCUGGGCCGCGCUGGCUGUGCUGGCGGUGGGCCGCCUCGAUCCCUCUCCAGUCUUUCCCUUGAGGCUCCAAGACCAGCAGGUGAGGCCUCCGGGCGCUGAAACCGUGAGGCUCCAGAUGGACCCUGGGAAGGACAAAGAGGGGGUGCCCCAGCCCUCAGGGCCGCCAGCAAGGAAGAAAUUUGUGAUACCCCUCGACGAGGAUGAGGUCCCUCCUGGAGUGGCCAAGCCCUUAUUCAGAUCCACACAGAGCCUUCCCACUGUGGACACCUCGGCCCAGGCAGCCCCUCAGACCUAUGCUGAAUAUGCCAUCUCACGGCCUCUGGGAGGGGCUGGGGCCACGUGCCCCACAGGGUCAGAGCCCCUGGCAGGAGAGACCCCUAACCAGGCCCUGAAACCCGGGGCAAAAUCCAACAGCAUCAUUGUGAGCCCUCGGCAGAGGGGCAAUCCCGUACUGAAGUUCGUGCGCAACGUGCCCUGGGAAUUUGGCGACGUAAUCCCCGACUAUGUGCUGGGCCAGAGCACCUGUGCCCUGUUCCUCAGCCUCCGCUACCACAACCUGCACCCAGACUAUAUCCAUGGGCGGCUGCAGAGCCUGGGGAAGAACUUCGCCUUGCGGGUCCUGCUCGUCCAGGUGGAUGUGAAAGAUCCCCAGCAGGCCCUCAAGGAGCUGGCUAAGAUGUGUAUCCUGGCCGACUGCACACUGAUCCUCGCCUGGAGCCCCGAGGAAGCUGGGCGGUACCUGGAGACCUACAAGGCCUAUGAGCAGAAACCAGCGGACCUCCUGAUGGAGAAGCUAGAGCAGGACUUCGCCUCCCGGGUGACUGAAUGUCUGACCACCGUGAAGUCAGUCAACAAAACGGACAGUCAGACCCUCCUGACCACAUUUGGAUCUCUGGAACAGCUCAUCGCUGCAUCGAGAGAAGAUCUGGCCUUAUGCCCAGGCCUGGGCCCUCAGAAGGUAAGAGCUCUGGGAAAGAACCCAAGGAGUUGGGGGAAGGAGGGAGCCCCAAAUAAACACAACCUGAGACCCCAAAGUUUUAAGGUGAAAAAAGAACCAAAGACCAGACACAGUGGCUUCCGCCUGUAAUCCCAACACUUUGGG